AUGAGCGGUGUUGGUAUUUCGACGAUUUCGACGAGGACUACGACGAGCUUUAGUCGAUGCGUUUUGUCGUCUUCGUCCGCUUCUGCGCGUUGUGUUCGUACGAAUAAAACUUUAUCGUUGCGGAGUUUUAAGAAUUUCUCAUCAUCAUCAUCGCGGAGAGAACAAGGAAGGAGGAAAUUGAGAAAAGGCGAUGAGGAUGAUGAUGACGUUCAUGUUCGUAACGAGAAGAGGAACAGCGUGAGAACGCGGGCGAUUUUUGGAGGGGAUGCGAUGAUGAUGCCACCACCAGAUGCUGGUGGUGUCGUGAGUACGAAUAAUGCUCCUGAAAUUGAACGCGUCGAGAUGCUGAAACAAAGAAACAGAAGCAAUGUGUUCGAUAUCGCGGAUGCGUCUUCUUUGUCUUUAGCAGCGCCUCCUGCGGUUUUGAUGAGUGAAACUCCCCCGGAAAUUGAAACUGUCGCGCCGAAUCUGAUGGAGGAGGAUUCUCUCAACAUCGCGACCGCUCCGGACGUGGUCGUGCAAAGUUCCAUUAAAGACGCGAUGGCGCUCAUCCAAGCCGAAGAGAGAGAGGCGAAAAUAGCGAGCGGGGAGAUUGUUGAGCCGCAAAGAACCGAGGGCGGCGUUUUCGGUCUCCUGGCGGAUUCUUUCGAAAAGCUGUUGUUACAAAUCCAAGACGUGGAAAAAGCGCUUGGGAUCCCGUAUCCAGUCGGGAACUCGAUCAUUAUUUUGACCGCGUUAGUGAAAUUAGUCACGUUCCCGUUGACGAAAUCUCAAGUCGUCUCCUCGCUCAACAUGAAAAACUUACAGCCGCAAGUUGCCGCGAUUAAAGAAAAGUACGAGGACGAUCCCGAACGAAUGAACUCAGAAAUCAAUCGCAUUUACGAAGAGAACGAAGUCAAUCCAUUAGCUGGGUGCGGCCCUUUGAUUUUAACUUUACCCGUGUUCAUUGGUCUCUAUCGAGCCUUCAAGAACGCCGGUAUAGACGGCGUCUUUGACGAACCGUGGUUGUUUAUUCCGAAUUUAAGCGGUCCGUCAGACGCGCAAGAUAUCUCUUGGCUUUGGCCCUUAGACGACGAUUUCGCGCCUCCGCUCGAUGGUGGCUGGGAAGCCGCGUGGCCAUACUUGGUCAUGCCAAUUUUAACCACCGCGACGCAGUUUUACUCCAUGAACGCCAUGCAACCGAAAGAGGAAGAAAAAACGGACGAGAUGAAGAACCAGUCACAGUUGGUGAAAUUUCUUCCGUUUUUCAUUGGAUAUAUAUCCUUGACCGUUCCAGCUGGGUUAGCCAUGUAUUGGUUGUUUAACAACGUGUUCACGACGUUAACGCAAGUCUACUUGAGAAACUUUGGCGGUGCCGUAGCUACCGUGGAAGCUCCGGACGAUAUUUUAAUUAAAAUUCCGCUCGGGUGCGCGAUCAUCGAAGACAGUUUCGAGCGCGUUCCGAACGAUGAAAUCGAAACGUACUUGAAAACCAAUUCGAGCGUCAUGUGGAAUGAAGAGUGGUUAGAAGAGUGGCGACAACAACAAGCGAAGGAGAUUUCCGAAUCCGUGGAAAACGCGGAGAACGAGAUGGUGGAUUUAGGCGCUUCGGAGGAAGUGGCGGCGUUGUACGCUGCAAAGCUGAAAAAUAGAGCGAAACGAUACAGAGACAUGGAGAAGCGAAAGAAUGCGACGCCGAAGGAGAUUGAAAAUUUGAUCGCGGAGUAUGAGAAGGAUGGGAAGAGUCGAGAGGACAUUGCUAAUUUGCAGAAAAUGCUCGAGGCGACGAUGAAAUUCGAGGUGGAAAUGAAAGAGAAGAAAUUGAAAGGCGCGGCGGCGUUGAAGGAGUUAAAGGAAGCGAAGGGCUUAAACUUAACGGGCAAAGAAGCGAGUAGCAGCAGCAGCAGUAGCGGAGAAGAGAAAGCGUCGACGACGCGAUAA